AUGAGCAGACUUUCAACGUUCUUCCGCCUUUCCACCAACCUAAAUGCCAUGAAGGCAGCCGAACAAAAGCGCAAGGGAUUCGUCCUCAGCAUUUUCAGCAGAAUUGCUUCUUUUCCUGAAAAUCUAGAAAACUGGCUACUUGGACCACUCUACCUUUUGCUGCGCUCCGAAACAUCCAUUAAGCCUCCGCUUCCGAAUGCAACAACCCAAUUGCCAUCUGUUCAAUUAGACAAGCAAUCAGACAGUUCAAGCAAUGAUGAGUUUUUUGAUUGUGACAGCUCCGAGCAAACAAACUCUGAUUUGGAGUUUUCAGCAUCGAAGCUUCCAGACCAGAAGUCUCCUGAAAGUACCACCAGAGAACAAGGGACGAGUACCAGCGUUAACCAAAAUUAUCAUAUCGAAAAUGAGGAUAAUUUGGAUUCUGGAGAGUGGCAGACGGUACGGUCACGCAAGAAGAAGACUGGCAAGGCUAUUACAAAGGCUCGUGCUGCACCAUCCGUUCCUAGCAGUUUGAAGGCUUUGAGACUGGAUCAUCACGUUGUGGGAAAGUCCAGAGAGCCCAUUCACGACAACAGCAAGCUCACACAGGAGAAUAUCUUCAAGUAUCUUCUGGUUUGA